CUAGGAUACAGAGUUGGCGAUUUUUUUGCCUUGCGCGCACACACACACACACACACACACUCGUACGCCUUUACGUACGUUUGCCUCUAUGUGUGUGUGUGUGUAUUGGUAAUGACAGUGGCAAGGAUAACGUGUACUGGUCCAUUUUCACCCUUGCGUUGGAAAAUUCAGGAAAAUAAUAAACUCAACUUAAAUGAGAGACCGACCAAAAGAGAGAGAGAAACUGCGAGAGAGAAUAGUGGUUGUCAUCCGUUUUGGGUCGCGGACGGUUGUUGUCUCCGCGGUUUCGGAGCUACAGUAGUCGAACGAAAUGUAUCCCUUGUGCCCACGGGUUUAGUACGUACGGUGGUCGUGGUUGGUUGGUACAGGAUUCAGGAUUCAGGGGCGAAGAUUUCCAGGGCACGAAACAAGUGGCCACUAUCGUCCGAAUAAGAAACAUUCACAAUUCCAGGGGUGUGCGUGUGUGUGUGUCGUAGUGUCCGUAAAUUCGACACCCAAAUCCACCUUUUGCAUUCAACGACAGGGAGAGCCCAGGACGAGCAGAGUCCUUUGGUGAAGCGCAGCGGAGCAGGGAGAGGCCGAUAUAAAACCAAAAUUAUGAAAUCGUUUCAGACUGAGGUACCGUAUCCUAAUGGCGAAAUAAAGCUAAGCCUCUGGCCGAUAAUCGCCCGAGCAUUCGAAACGCGCACUGGUGGCACAAUCGCACAACCGUGAAAUAAUCGACCACAUUAACACACUGCGUCGAAUUGCCAUAGAAAUUGUGCUCUAAAACAAACUUACCAGACCUCCCCGAGCACGUUCAUUGAACACACACACGCGUUAAUUCACUAGGUGCUGCUGCUGCUGGAUCGAAAAUUACGCAAAAAAGCACAACAAUUUUAAUCAACCCCCUUUGGUGGCGAUGCUCUUGCAAACGCAAACCCAGAACCACACACGGCAAUGGGGGAAAAACUGAACGAGAUGCAGUUUUAGAUAGGUUUUUGGUGAUGCUCCCCAGUUGCCUACUAAGCCGCCCCUUUCGGUAAACGGUGCUGAUGAGGGCCUACUAGAUUGUACAGCAGCACAAACUCCGCGGCAGAAAACGUGGUCGCAGGUGGCUGGGAUUGGUGGAAAACAAGCAAAGCAAAAAAAAAAAACUCGGAAGUGAACAACAAUAAUUGAGUCGAUUUUUGGGCAGACAAUCGGCCGUCACAUCAUAAUUCGAAACAUUACGGAACAUUAAACGUGAACAUUGCGGCCAUAUCAGCGUGGUGUGCACACCACGAAAGUGCGUGUGCGUGUGUGUGCGUGUGUGUGUAUGUGAAAAUUAGUUUAUGCAGUACGCCCUCUAUUCGGAGCAGAGUGCACUGGUGAACACAGAUAUCCGCCCCUGGCGCGGACAGAACCCAAAGCAACCCGCGUGUCCGAAUGUGACAGCAACGAUAGAAUCAACCGCAGGAACGAACAGUGAUAAUCUAGCAUACCCCGUUUUUUGGAGUGUUAGAGCAAGUAUGGAACAGCGUGAUCAUCGUGCGUAGACGUUCCUGGCGACGCGUAGUGGGAGCGUCCUGUGGAGCUUGAAGUUACCUCGUUACAGGCACGCCAUGGCUUUGGAACCAUCCUACCGAUUGUAAUCCCUCUAGCAGGAUCCACCCAGUCAUCUCCAAUUUGGGAGGCGGCAGGAUAAAACACGAAAACAACCAUCCCAAGUCAAACCGGGGCCACAAGCGGGCCAACCGUGUGCUAAAACUAAGCUAAAACUAGGCCGGACAUGUGUCUAUGAUGAGACUUUCGAAGGUGUCGCCUAAAAAGUGUUUCUUUCUUGUUUUAUGUUUCGCCGUACUGAUAUUAUUAGUGUUUAAUUUAAGGGAUAAAGAUUGGAGUACCAAAUCGCCACAUGUGCUAUACGCGAGAGAUGAAUACCAGCUAGAGGAGGCGAACGUCCGGCACGAGCCUUCCGUCACCACCGUGGAGCUGGCGGAGGUGGCCGACCAGCACGGACCGGGCCGGGAUCGCGGAAACAACGACGACCCGCUCGACUACGGCCGGGCGCGGUCGGGCGAGCUGGCAAAGGGCGAGGCGCUGACCGCGAGCGAUCUGCCGUGGUACUUCUCCCAGGGCAUGCGGUACCCGAAGCCGGCGAGGCGCAACCGCAAAACGAACAAGCGGCUGGCCCGGCUGCUGCCGAGCGAGACGGCGCGGGGCGACCGCAUCAGCAACCAGCUGAUGUUCGUGCCGCCCAACUACGAGACAAUCAAGCGGAAGGGCAAGCUGAAAACGAUCCUGCUGUACAACGGGCUCAGCCCGUGGAACGUGAAAGCCGGGCGGGACGUGUUUCUCAGCUCCAAGUGUCCCGUUUCCACCUGCAGCAUUACGGCGCAGCGGGAAAAGGCCUCGACGGCCGAUCUGGUGCUGUACAAGGACCACUACAUACCGCCGUCGGUGCCGCGGUCGCCGUACCAGAUCUACAUGAUGUACUUCCUCGAGUGCCCGUACCACACGCAGCACGUGAAGUAUCCGGACGUGUUCAACUGGACCGCCACGUAUAGGAAAGACAGCGAUAUUGUCGCACCGUACGAAAAGUGGGAAUACUUCGAUCCUCGCAUACGGCAGGUGGAGCAGGAUCGCAACUACGCGCUCAACAAGACGCGCAAGGUGGCCUGGUUCGUUUCCAACUGUGGCGCGCGCAACGGGCGCCUUCAGUAUGCUCACGAGCUCCAGAAGUACAUUCAGGUCGAUAUCUAUGGUGCCUGCGGGACGUUCAAGUGCUCCCGCAGCACGGCGGAACGGUGCUUCGAGAUACUGGACCGUGACUACAAGUUCUACCUUGCCUUCGAGAACUCCAACUGCAAGGACUACAUCACGGAGAAGUUCUUCGUCAAUGCCUUAACGCGCAACGUGCUGCCGAUCGUGAUGGGCGCCCGGCCCGAGGACUACGAGGCGAGCUCGCCCCAGAAGUCCUACAUCCACGUGGACGAGUUCGGCUCGCCGAAGGAGCUGGCCGAGUAUCUGCACCUGCUCGACCGGAACGACGAGCUGUACAACUCGUACUUCAAGUGGAAGGGUACGGGCGAGUUCAUCAACACGUACUACUGGUGCCGGGUCUGCGCCAUGCUGCACGAUGAGGCCUCCUUCCGGCGGCCCAAAUCGUACGACGACAUCAACGAGUGGUGGCGCGGACCGGGCGUCUGCACCAACGGCUCCUGGCGCAAUUUCAGGGCGCGCAAUCCCGAGAAACCGUUGGUGGCCGACAGCCGAUGAGCGUGGAGGGCGCGCGUACAUUUCGCCGGUCCGGAUGAUGGGGUCGCUCGGGUUUUUAUUUUGCGCCACAUUUACCUAAGACCCCGCAGGCUGCAACAAUGGGCAGGCAGGCACGGUAUAUUGUAUUGUUAUAGCAAAGUUCCUUUGUUUUUCCUUUUGGGAUGCUUGUAGAUUUGCGAGGAUCUGUGCGGUGGGGUGACGCUCACGUGCCCCCUCCGGACAAGCACAAACGAGUUUUAGUAUUCAUUUUCAGGUAGCAUUCAGAGUUCGCCGACGAGAUGCUUCUUACUAUGUUAGUUAGCUAGUUAUUUAGCAUAUUAUUUAUUUUACAAGUCAAACGAAUUAUGGUGUGGUGGUCGCUUACACCGGACACCGGACCGGGGAGUUCCGAGGGAGUUGAUAUACACACACACACUAACACACACUUUGCUCACACAGUAUUCAGGCGUGCGAACAAUUAGUAUAGCAGCAGCAGACGCAACAGAACAGACAGACGGAUAAACGGAAUUAGGCAGUCAGAAGUGCUUUAUGUUCCUUCCAAACAAACAAAAGAAGAAGAAGUAGAAGAAGAAAAGGCAACAAGUAGGCAAAUGCUGUACCGAAAUAGUAGCCGAAGGAAUGGGAUCGGUUGCAAGAGGGGAAUCGACUUACAUAUGUUUCUUCGUAGUCAGUACACCAUUUUAAACUCCUGGCGAGGCGGCACCAACGUGUGGCGAUGCAGACCGAUUCCGCGCGCCAAGGGAGGGAAUUAUGUUACUUAAACUAUUUUUCAAAUACAUUACCUUUUUUGAUGUAGAUAAAAGAAACGUAUGACAAUGACAAGGAA